CGUUGUAGGUAGCUGGCACAUCGGACUAGAACCGUACCCAACGAUUCAACAUGACAGACACUAGCGGAGAUCGUAUUGCCCUAGCAGAUGCGAUCUCAGUGACGUGCUUUACCGGGUUCCUGGGAGCUGGUAAAACAUCAACGAUCUUGGGACUGCUUGGCGAGUUACCGAAGGAUUACAGGGUAGUGCUGCUUAAGAACGAGUAUGGGGAUGUCGAAGUGGAUUCGCUGAUAGCCAAAGAGUCCUCUAUCGCUGGAGUUAGCGAGAUCUUAAACGGCUGUCUGUGUUGCACACUCGUCGGACAAAUUCAGAAUGCUAUGCUAGAGAUUAAAGAGAAGAUGAAUCCUGAUCGGAUCAUCAUCGAGAGCAGCGGAUCUGCCUUCCCGGCAACGCUGGCAAUCAAGGUCCGAGAGCUGGCCCCUCAAGGCUUCAAGCUAGAUUCGGUAGCUACUGUCAUCGAUUGCGUCAAUUUCAAGGGUUACGAAGAUUCAAGUCCCACUGCCAAGAUUCAAGCCAAAUACACCGACUGCCUCUUGUUGAACAAGUACGACCUGGUUUCGGAACGGGAGCUUGACUCCGUUUUGGACCAUCUUUACGAACUCAAUGACGAGACACCCAUGAUCCGAGUAUCAAAAUCAACACCGCUCAAACCCGAGCUAGUCUUCGGGCUGGACACCAAGCUCUUUGAGAGAGGAAGCGACGAGACAGCGGAUUGGGACAUGUUGGGGGCAGAUGGCAAGAAGGAAUCACACAUGAAUGAGAUCGAGACGAGAAGUGUAUGGAAAGGCGGAGUUCAGCCAGGGAAGGGCAAGAAGCGGCUUGCUGCGGGGGACGGUCACGCUCACGAGCAUGACAAAGGACAAAAAUGCGACUGCGAUGGGACGAUGGAUGCUCCCGAGCGGGCAGGAGAGGGCGAAGAGGUGCCCGUUGAUUUGCAAGUACUGGAAGCUGGGCUCAAGAAGCUUCCUUUCGAGGUUUACCGGGUCAAAGGGUUCCUGCGGCUGCGGGAUCAGGAAGAUUCAGCAAUACACGUCUACGCGCUGAAUUGGGCUUUCGGUCGGUUCGAGUUGACCCUCCUAAAGAGCCUCGAUACGCUGGAGGAUUUGAAAGGAGUCAGCUUGCGGUUGACCAUGAUGGGUGCCCGAGGAGAGGUUAUGGUACGGGCGAGAAAACUCGCAGAGAUCCUGGGAGCACAAUGCGCAUGAUAGCAUGAUGUAGCAUAGAUGAGCGUUCUGCCGAUUGUCAUUAGAAGUACGAGACCAGAUACAUAGUAGAUGCGGCACAGCGGAUGUUCCUGGC